AUGAUGAGUAACCAAGAACUGUAUCAGCAGUACUUGGCCACCGCCCCCAGGCUGCUGGCCCGCAUCUCCAAGCUGCUCAUGAUCUGCCGGAAUGCAGGCAUCUCCAUACCGAAGGGCAUCAGAAACAUCUUCGAGUUCACUUGGGAGGAGCUCAUCACCGACCCCGCGGUGCCUACGCCAUCUGAAAUCGUGGGCCUGGAGGUCAGCUUUGGCUCCCCCCCGGGGGGGCUUGUGGAAUCAAUCCCCGUGCAGGUCCCCAACCAGAAGAAGCCGCCACCACCACCGCCAGCACCACUGCCGCCGACACUGCCAGGAGCCACUGGGGCAGCCAAGCAGUCCAGCCCCUCUGCCAACCUGCCCUGCCCAGUGCCCGCCAGCCAGGAGACCCUGCACAAGUUUCAGCGGCAGUCCAUCCACCUGCUAACAGAACUCCUCAGCCUGAAGAUGAAGGCCAUGGUGGAGUCUGUGUCAGUAGGUGCUAACCCCCUGGACAUCACCAGGCGCUUUGUGGAGGCCAGCCAGCUGCUCCACCUCAAUGCCAAGGAGAUGGCCUUCAACUGCCUAAUCGGCACGGUUGGGAAAAGCGACUACGGCGGGGGACAGAUGGACAAAGAGUCCCCCGUGAACGUCUCAACCAUGGGGGUGAACUCACCCUACCAACUGGUCUACCAGUCUUCCACAGCCUGUCUGAGCUUCUCCCUCUCGACCGGAAGGGAAGCCAAGAAGAAAAUAGGUAAAUCAAAAACUGCAGAAGAUGUCAGCAUGCCAGCCCCACAGCGAGGAGUGAGAACCCCCGUGGACAGCACCGAGCUCAAUGACCCCUGCCCUGAGGCCCGGGAGAAGUUGCAGGAGAUGUGUCGCCACAUAGAAGCUGAGAGGGCCACGUGGAAGGGGAGGAAUAUCUCCUACCCCAUGAUCAUGCGCAACUACAGGGCAAAGACAUCCUCUCAUCUAAUGCCGGCCCUCAAAGGGGACUCCCACACCCUAAGUCCCCAUCAUCCUCAGACUCCCACUGCCACCCCUCACCAGCCUCCCGUCCACUAUCUUCCUCUCCACCAGCAUUCUCAAGAGUGGAAGGUGCCCAGGAAGGCCAUCAAGUUGCAUUACACCUUUUAUGACGGCUCCUCCUUCGUUUACUAUCCCUCUGGAAACAUCGCUAUGUGUCAGAUCCCUACAUGCUGCAGAGGGAGAGCCAUCACCUGCCUCUUUAAUGACACGCCUGGCUUCUCCUUCCUGGCCCUGUUCAAUGCUGAAGGCCAGGGCUGUGUUCACUACAACCUAAAAACCUGCUGCCCAUACGUCUUGGUCUUGGAUGAGGAAGGCGGGACAACCAAUGACCAGAAGGGUUAUGUAGUGCACAAGUGGAGCUGGACUUCCAAGACGGAUACUUUGCUUUCCCUGGAAUACAAGGUAAAUGAGCAAAUGAAGCUAACAGUCCUAGGGCAGGACUCCAUUGUGGUCACCUUCACCUCCCUGAAUGAGACGGUAACACUCACUGUAUCAGCCAACAACUGUCCCCAUGGACUGGCGCAUGAUAGACGGAUCAACCGCAGACUCAGCAACUUGGAUGACAAGGUGUCUAAGAUGAGCCGCGCCCUGGCUGAGAUCAAGAAGCGGUUUCAGAAGACAGUGACUCAGUUCAUGAAUUCCAUCCUGCUGGCGGCAGGGCUGUUCACCAUAGAAUAUCCCUCCAGAAACGAGGAGGCAGAAUCCAGUCGGCUCAAGAUGAGACCCGGAGCUCACUCUGAGCGGGUCCCCAGGCUGAGUUUACACUCUGGAGAAAACGUUUUACGGUCUCAGGUAGCCCAGCCAGACUCAGUGGCGGAGUCCAAGGAGGAGCACGGGUCUGCUCCCGUGAGCUCCAUUCGGAAGAAGACCAAAAGCCACGCCAAGGCCACAGUCACCUCCAGGGGGAAGGCUCACGAGCCCUGCGGGCCUGCCAGGUGGGCGGCCUCGCUUUCCGACUGCCCGCUGGUGCUGCGGAAGCUCCUGCGCAAGGAGGACACCCGCACCGGCUGCAGGUGCAUCGUGAAGGCGCCCCUGGUGUCCGAUGUGGAGCUGGAGCGCUUCCUGCUGGCACCCCGGGACCCCAGCCAGGUGCUCGUGUUUGGGAUCGUCUCGAGCCAGAACCUCGCCGGCACGGCACAGCUCCAGUGGCUGCUGGACACGCUCUACAGCCACCGCCAGCAGGGCCGAGGCUCACCCUGCAUCCAGUGCCGGCAUGACCCCUACCGCCUGCUGCAGUAUGACCUGGACGGUCCCCUACAGAAGGACCCGCCCCUGAUGGUGAAGAAACACUCUGCGGUGCAGGGGAUGAUUCUGAUGUUUGCUGGGGGAAAACUCCUUUUUGGAGGUCGUGUUUUGAAUGGAUACGGCUUCAGCAAGCAGAAUCUGCUGAAACAGAUCUUCCGAGCUCGACAGGAUUGCAAGAUGGGCUACUUCCUGCCCAAUGACUACAAAUUCAGCGUCCCACCCUCCGUCCAGAGCCUGGAGGAUUCUGAAUCAGCCAAGAGAACCAUGUCAGAAGAUAUCCAAGGAAGUCUCUCCUCGCUGGUCCUGGGAGACAAGGUGGAGAAGGACUCUUUUCCCGAGGCUGAGAAGGCUCGGGUUAUCUCCCCAAAUCCCCGCCUCCAGCCCUUUAUCAACCCCAUGUCCAGUCGGGUGGUGGAGAUGAGGCCUUCUGGCGAAAGAGCCGGAAGCAGAGCCACAUCCUCUCGGCAAAGCCAGGAGGGGCAGCAAGACCGGCGGGAAGAAGCUGGCCUCCAAGAAGUGAUGCCGCCCUGGUGGCCACCGCCUGCCGGGCCCCAGGCCUGGAUGCUGCUCCUCCCGCUGGCCCAGUCCUGUGUGGGUCUGCAGCCUCCCACCCCCUCCUCCAAGCCUCUGUGCAAUAAACGAGCGUGCCUCCAGCGUCUGGGGAGGCUCUGGGGGAGGCUGCAGCAGGCCUGCAUCAGUCUGGCUUCUGCACGGCCAGAGGCUGACAGCCUCGUUCCAGGACCAGUGCUUGGAAACUCAGUUCCUCUAACCCAGAGCUCCCUCUGGGGCCGGAGAGCUGCUUCCCAGGAGCAGGGCGAGGACGCGGAAGGGCUACCUUGCUCUCCCAGCCCCAGGAGCGUUCAGGCCCCGGGCUGCAGGCGGCACCAGGCAAGGUGUCUUCAGAGCUACCUGUGCUUCCUCUGCAAUGGAGACUUCUCGGAAGAAGCGAAGGCAGAGUUGGAGCCAAAGCCUGAAGGGCCCAUCGUGCAGACGGGAGUGGAGGCUCAGCGGGAGGGGCAGCCUUCCCACGAUGCACUGGCAGCUGUGUGCCGGACUGUGCCGAUGCUAGACGGCACUGGCCACUCGGGCCCGCCCCAAAAAGGAGCCCGCCCUGCACCCGCCAGGAGUCCCGCAUUUCGGCAGGCCAGGAAGCUGGGGGCCAGCCUAGGCCAGGAGCAGCAACAGCUCAGAGAGCCCACACUGCCCAGGCGUUGGGAUGACCGGCAGGGGGAGCACCCCUGA